GUUCCCUAGUAGGGAACAAAUGUGGGAAAAAAAAGAGAUUUUUGGGGUAGUUGGUCAACAGUGGCUCACAUGCACAAAAUCAAGUACUAUAUCAUGAUCGAGGUGACAAUCCGGUUCGCAAGCACAUCCAUCUACCCUAGAAACGCUGUUGCUGUUCUUGUUGCAUACUCCCCCCUGCUAGGUUUAAGUGGACCAUAGCAGCUGGCCAGCUGCAUACUGCAGUGGUUUAAGUAGCCUUUGGCCUCUUCACUUGCUUCACUCACACUCGCACUGACACACCAAGCUUCUCGAAGAUAUAGCUUUUGAGGUUUCACUAGUGAGAGAGGACUCGGUUGUUCAGAAGUCAGAACAGAUGGCUACUGCAUCUGCAUGCCAACCGUUUCAAGAAGGGAAGCAGCGACGGCAGCAUCCGCCACUGCACCAUGGCGGUUCUGUUCUUCCUCCAGUGUACAAAGGCACGGCUCUGCCUCUGCGACAGGCCAGCUCGGUGCCGCAUCCGGCCGCGCAGGAGCUGCCGCCGUCGUUGUCGGGGAGGAGCGCGACGGAGGCGCAGGCCAUGAAGGUACACAGCGAGGCCGAGAGGCGGCGGCGGGAGAGGAUCAACGCCCAUCUCGCUGCCUUGAGGAGGAUGAUCCCUGAUGCUCGGCAGAUGGACAAGGCCACCUUGCUAGCCAGGGUGGUUUGCCAGCUGAAGGACCUGAAGAGGAAAGCGGCCGAAACCACACAUCCACUGCCCAUCCCUGCAGAGGCCAACGGCAUCACCGUCAACUGCCACACGGGCGGCGGCGCCGCCGGCUACGGGAGGCCGGCAGCGUACAUCAGGGCCUCCGUCAGCUGCGACGACCGGCCGGGCCUCCUCGCCGACCUCGCCGGAGCGCUCCGUGGUCUGAGGCUGAGGCCGCUGAGAGCAGACAUGGCCUCCCUCGGAGGCAGGGCGCGGUGUGAGUUCGUGCUGUGCGGGGAGGAGGGCGGUGCGGCGAUUGCCGGCCGCGUGAAGGCUCUGGAGGAGGGUGUCAGGCGGGCGCUGGUCAGUGCCGCGUUCCCGGAGACGGCGUACGGAUGCAACUAUAGGAGCAGGAGGCAGAGGGUUUUGGAAUCUCAUUGUGUGCUUGGACAUGAGCUCGAUCUCGGUGAUCAGGGGUGGUGAUUUUGGAGAUCAAGGGAUGAAUGUAGUGACUUUUUAUUUUUAAUACAUAUCCGCCAAAGGGUUUGUCGUGUACUCCCUC